AAAUGAGAUCAAGCGAAAGGCGCAUCUUUUGCUUCCCUUUUGGAGGACACUAAAGACCUUGUGGACAAUGCCAUUUUUUUGUCCAAUUCUGAUACAUCAAUGACUGUCACCUCGACCGCUACUCCUGUUCUAGAACCUACCUUCACACCUGCCGCUACCACUACAUCCACACCAGCCAUCACACCUGCCGUCACGCCUGCUGUCACGCCUGCUGUCACGCCUUACCUCACGCCAAAACUCACGCCUACACUCACGCCUACACUCACGCAUGCCCUCAUGCUUACACUCACGCCUACACUCAAGCCUACACUAAUGACUACACUAAUGCCUGCCCUCAUACAUACCACUACACCUACCACUACACACGAUAAUACUUUCGCCAAUACUGAUAUUGCUGAAUCUGUCGUUGAUGGGAUAACCGAGAACAGUUCUGUUCCUGUGGUUGUGGAACAAAUACUUCCUGAUUUUGCUGAAGUUGAGGAGGCUAUACGUUUUUUUGCUGACAAACCUCCGACAUCAAUUUCACUAUCAACUGUUGUACUUGGGGUAACUAAUUGUACUCAAGCUUUUCGUAUGUAUGAAAGGUGUAGUGGCCAGGUCUUAGGAGCAAAUAUUUUAAGGUGGAUAUCCGCCAUUAUCUACACUGUGUACUUUGAAGCUCUUGAUGUAGUUGAUCAGCUGAGAUCUCGUCCAGAAACCUCCGGUAUGUCAAGUAGUCAGCAUUCAAAAGUGAUGAUACUCGGCCGUAGAGGGCUCAGAGUACUUCAGAUCUUCCAAUUCCGUGGAUUGGGAUUAUUAUCCAAGUAUAGCUGUGACAGCAUUAUCAAGUUCCGGCGACAAAGAUGGGAAGCAGAAGUGAAUCUUUUUCAACAGGAUAUUCCAAUGCUAGUAAAAUUGAGAAACUGCACCCUCCACCCCGAAUGGAUAACACAGAUCCGAUCUAUUCCUGUUCAAUUGGGUUUAAAUAUUAACCAGGAGCUUUUUUCCUUGGAAAGUGAUAUGGAGAGAGCGCAAGUUUCCAAGUCCUUAACACGUACAAGCCCCUUUGCGGACUCUGACGCAAAGAGACAAAAAUAAAACCUUUUUUUUAUAUAUAUAAAAAAUUACACAGAUCCCUUUUGUUUUUGAUGUACUAAGAAUAAAACAUGCCAAUUUCGGC